AUGAUCUUGACCACCACCUUCGUGUGCUUCUGCCUGGCCUCCGCCUUCAACUAUUUCAGGACGCGUCGCCAGAGGUUGCUGAUCAGGAAUCUCAAAGGACCCUUCACCUGGCCACUAAUGGGGGCAAUGCACAAGCUGCUCUUCCUGAAGCCAAAAAAUUUCUUUCAGCGCAGCACAGAAUACCUGACCAAAUAUGGUUCCUUGAGCCGCUGUUGGGUCUUCCAUCGCCUUUUCAUUCCACUGGCGGACAUGGAGCUCAGCAGACAGCUUCUGGAAAGCGAAACGCACCUGGAAACAGGCUACGAGCUGAUGAAGGAUUGGCUGGAAGGAGGUGUCCUCAUGUGUCAGUCAGAUCAGUGGCACAAGCGACACAAUCUAUUCAGCGGACUUUUUGACAAGGGAAACUUGGAACAGUUGAUGGAGCUAUGUCGCCAGCAGGCGGAGCAACUGCAUCAAAAGUUGUUGGAACGGGCAGACCGAAAAGUCUUUGAUGUCUGGGAAGUUGUAGCUCCUAAUGUGUUGGAACUUAUGGUUAUGAUCACCUGCGGUGCGAGACCCAGUCAGGAAUAUUCCACGAACCUCAGAGAAUUAUCGGAGCUCUAUACAAAACGUUUUCUGAGCCUGCAGUCCGCCAACAGAUUCAACUAUUGGCUCAGCUCUCCUUUUAUGAGAAGGCGCCAGAAUCGCUUUAUAAAAAGGCUGAACGAGGAACAUGAAGAUAUAAUGGCCAGUCAUAGAAAACAGCAGCAACUGAAGAUUGGCGAUUUUAAAUCACUUCCUCAGAAGUAUCAUGAAUCCCUUCUGGACGUCCUCCUAGAAUCUGAAGAUCCUCUUCUUACACCUGAGGAAAUCUGUGGGGAACUGAAUACCUGUAAUUACUUGGGCUACCUGUUGUGCAGCUCAGCACUCUGUUUCACCAUCGUGACAAUUGCUAGAAGUCCGUCGGUGCAACAAAGGUGUUUGGAGGAGUUAAAACUAGCUCAAAUUAAGGAUCAAGCUUGGGACUUGGAAAACCUUCCUUAUCUAGAAGCUGUUCUGCAGGAAACUAUGAGAUUAUAUCCGCCACAAGUGAUAGUUGGCCGCCAGCUGCAGAAAGAUUUCCCCUACACUCACAGUAUCGUUGGAGAUGGAGUUCUACCCUUUGGAUCUGAGAUCUAUAUAAAUCUCUAUGAACUGCAGCGUAAUGGAAAUCGCUAUCCGAAAGCCGACCUCUUUGAAGCUGAGCGAUUUUUAGACAAUCCUCCGGAACUCCUGAGUUAUAGUCUAGGACCCCGAUGCUGUCCAGCUAGAAGAUUUAGUAUAAAGCUACUAAAAACUCUGCUGGCUCCAAUUCUAACCCGCUUUGAACUAUUACCCUAUGGCGAUGAGAUGCGUUUGGACUUGCGACUGAUUUUAGGAUCAUCCAAUGGUUUUCAGGUGGCCCUAAAGCCAAGAUAG